CUUAAGGAAAAAUAUUAUCGGACACUUAGAAGAAACAAAAAAAAAGUAAUGUUAAUGUUUUUCUUUAGAAAAACUAAAAAGAAACGCAAAAAAAGCACCAAUUAUUAUAAUGCCACUUGGCAAGACCUCGUGGCCUUCUGCUCCGGCUUCAAUGGCUUUUCGCUUGCCGGCGUUAUUGGUUAAAUCAGAACUCAACCACUAAGACAGCACCCGAUUAUUAUAAUUAUUUAUUUUAUUUUAAUAAUAAACAAGAUCGAUAGGGGUUCAAAGAAAGGCAAUUAAUAAGCUUCAGUAUGCAUCAUGAGUGCAUAAUAUUAAUAACGAUGCUACCAACUUCAGUCUAAUUUAGUUAUUCAGGUCCUGUUCGAUUGCAAUGCAAUGCUACUAGCGCAAGCGCUGCUGCUGCCUUUGGCCCCAUGAUUACGAACGAUAGGAGGAGGCGGUGCUCACGAGAUUUGCAUGCCCCAACACCACCUCUCGCUCUCAUCCAAAUAAAUACUGCGGAAUCGACGGGAGAGUUCAAAACGAUUCUCGGGUUGCUGAGAGACCAAAUGGAGGAGGACGGCAGGAGAAGCAGGACCGCAGCCACCAGGAUGACUAUAAAACAACGACUGGGAUUAAGAGCAUUUGGCUGUUGUGGGGCCAGUUGGGGUUCCAGUUUCAGGUCUACCGCCAUUAGCGUCGCAGACGACAUUCAACCCCCGCAGCAUCAGCAUCGAGAACAACAAAAUGGAGGUCAGAGUCCUUCUCAAAUACGAGUAGUAAUAGAUCCGGGUUGUUUGCCUCAUAGUCCGAUUAGACCGAGGAGUAUGAAUUUAGCGGCGGCGUUGGCGGCGGAGAGGCAGUAUCGGGAGAGCACGGGAGAGACAGCGCCUGGUACGCCGCUGAGGGUAUCGUUGAUGAGGCUGCUGGAGGAAGCAGCGGAGGAGAGCGGCAGAUCUGGAGGAGGAGGUAAUGAUACAGUGUGCUGCGUGUGCAUGGUAAGAAAGAAAGGAGCAGCGUUUAUCCCAUGUGGGCAUACGUAUUGUAGAGUGUGUUCGAGAGAGGUAUGGCUGAAUCGAGGGUCCUGUCCCCUCUGUAAUCGUUCAAUCCUCGAGAUUCUGGACCUUUUCUAAUUUCACAUGUACGCAUCUCCCUUUCUUCAAUGAAAGCAAAGCUUGCUUC